AUUUAGAAUAUCCGCCCGAUAAGCCAUCCAUGUCAUCUGACAUCACAGACAUCCCCUGUAUCGCGCGAUCUAGGGGUAGUUCAAUAGUUGACAUUCAUGAUCUUAAAACACGUGACUCACUUCAAACUUCGUAA